UCGAAUCAGUCUCGACGUCCACUCCGCGCGGUCCGCCUGUCGUUUACCGCAAACAAACUUUAUUAACUAACUAACCCAUAACAAUAACAUUCGAAUUUCAAAAGUGUUUUUUUUCUUUCUUGAGCGGCAAACGACGUAACGCGAGUUGUGUUUCUGUGGUGUUAUUUUUGGAGUAUUUAAAGGAUUUAACAAGGAUUCUUUAAUUAGAAGGUGAAUGAAUUGGCUCAUCACCCAAAAGAAACUAAGAAAACGACAGAAAAGCGAUCCGUGCUGAAACAGUACGAGGCCAAAGACCGCGGACGCUCGGGACGUCCCGAACUGUGAACACGAGCCGAUGACGUCACAACAUGGCGGCCACCGACACUUCGACCUCCAGCAGCCUCUUAUCCUCCGAGGAACCCAAGCGAACCGUCGACGAGGCAUUCCUUAACAGACUUAAGUCCCUCGUCGAAAGGUUAAGACUUGAUAAUGCAACCUUGAAGAAAGCGCUUGAUGUCGAGCGGAGCGAAGUCAGAGCGCUGAAAGCACAACACGAAGGAGCCCUAAGGAACUUAAAGACUGAGUACAAAAAGAAAGAGGAAUUUUUAGAGAAACAGCUGAGAGUUCCAAAGCCUGAUAAAACAAACGAAGAUCCACAUGUCAAUAAUAGAUUAGUGGAAUUAAAGAAAUUAACAACAGAAAUACAGGCGUUAAAAUCCGCUAAUAAGGGGCUUCAAGAGAAACUCAAGGUUGCGCAGGCGGCGGAGUGCGCCCGCGCGGCGGAGGUGCGUGCGCAAGCGGCCAAACAUGCGGCACUGGAAAACGCCGCGCGAAGGGAUGCGCGCGCGCAGUGUCAUAAGCUGCUGGAGGAAAUUAAAUCGAAAGAGCGGGUGAUCAUACAACUUAGGCGAGAAGCGGCGCGUGCGGCGGCUUCUCAGCAAAAUGAUCAGACACAAAGAAUGGAGUGCGGGGCCACAGAGCUCAGCAGAAAACUGCGUGUUGAUCAGGGUAUAGAGAAAACGAAUCGUGAAGAUCUGAAGACGGACAUACAGCAUCGGAAGGAGACGUUUUAUAGGGAGGCGCCGUCGGAUGAGGACUCCGCGGUGUCUUCAGCACCCGCUUCUUUGUCGCCGCAGCCGCUCAACGAUAUGUGGUCGUGCGGCCAGUGCCGAGCCGCGGCAGAUCGCGCGUCGACCGCCGAGCGAGAGUGCGCGCGACUCGCCGACUCGCUCCGAGAUGCCAGAGACCAACUCGAACUAAUGGAGUUUAGGCUUCUAGAACUGGAGGACGCGAACCCCGAUAAGGGCGCCAGGGACAAUCUGACCGACUCGGAUUCAGGCUGCGUGUCUCCAGGAUCCCGUAUCAAAGACUCGGCGUCCCCUGAACUCAAGCGAAUGGACUCCGGCUACAAAUCACCACACACGCCAAGCAGUCCAUGCAACACCAGACGGCAUCUGGGCACCCCGCAUGACGAUUUUAAAGAAGACUUCGCGAAAGCACAAGUCCUGGCCGAUAUACUUGACAGAAACUCGGAAUCCAGUGAUUCUUUGAAGAGUAACCCGGUGAAGGACCAUUUGGAACAGAUGAUUCUGAACGCAGCAUCGGCUGAGGACAGGACGUGCUUGGAGCAAGUGCUCAUGUUGCUGUAUAAUUACCAAGCGCUGAGCAGUUCGGUUAGCGAAGACGAAUGUUAUCAGGCAAGACCGAAGAGAUUAUGUGAUCUAAAAGUAAAAUCCGAAACUGACAUUCUAUCGCACAAAACUCAAAAAGCAAUCGCCACCGUCACACCAUACCAGCAGAAAGGGUACAAAUGCGAGUCGCUUGAGAGUCUCUGUAGCGAAGAAAGGAAACCCAGCAACGUUUUACAAGAGAGUGGAAUCUUUGAGGAAGCCGAAACUGAAUCGAGGAGCACACAGACAGACGUGAACGAGAGUUUCGAAUGUACUGGUGAACUCAACACUGAAAUACAACGACUGAAUAGUAUUAGGGAGAAACUCGAGAGGCAAGGUGUUAGGAAUAGGAGUUUAAAUAGUAAGGAAGAAGGAGAUGGCCUGGAGUGCAGGUGUGUGAAGCUAGGCAAAAAACAUAAGCAGUAUUAUGAGAGGAGGCUAAAGUUUUUGGAGGGGAAGAUCUCUAUUUAUGAGGCGGCACAGGACGUGAAGGAAUCUAAGCUAGCGGAGAGGUUGCAGAAAGAAUAUUUGCUUGAAAAUAGGAUACAGGAUCUCGAAUCGCAGUUGUCAUUACUCCAAGACAAAUAUGAGACGCUUGAAGAGGAAUGUUGUGAAUUAGAAGAAAUUGAAAAUGAUACUCGUUUGCAUUGGCAGCAACUUGAGAUGGACUAUGAGCUCUGUUCAGCUCAACUAAGAGACAUGACGGAGCAGAGGGAGUGUUCGCGGGCGCAGGCCGAAAGGCUGAUGGGCGAACUCACUAAAAGGGAAUGCACAUUGAAAUCAAGAGAGGCUGAGCUGAAAAAUAGAUUAAGCAAACUUGAGAAAGCUGUCCCUGCGCUGAUAGCAUGGAAUGUGGUUCAAGCUAUAGGAGCUAAUCUGUCCAUGGGAGGGCAGCGGGCUUUAAUAAGUCGCAUGGCACCGUACAGUCAAGAGACCAAGGCGUUCAUAUCUCAGGUCAGAGAAGAAUCAAGAAAUAAGGGUCAAUGCGGAGCUCUGGUGGCUUGGAACGAUAUGAACACGGAGCCGCCGCAGAAUUUGAAGCAAUUACAGAAUGAGGUGGCAAAAUUAUUAGCCGAGAAGAAGAAAAUAGAAAGAGAUGCAUCCAGUGUAACGUCAAAACUCGAGAAGAAAGUGAAAGAGCUGGAAGAAGAAUUGGAGACAGUGAAAAGACAAGUUGUUGCUACGAGCUGUGGAGCAGAAGCUAAGAAGAUUAAAUUAGAAGAGAAGAUAGCUGAACUUGAAAAGAAGAUCAAUGCUAGAAAUGAAGAUGGACAGCAACCAGCAGAUCCAGCGAUGGGCAGUAAGAUCCGUGCCUUGCUGAUGAGCGAACAAGAGUUGAAGAGUAGAGUCGCAGAAUUAGAAAGAAGAGAAACAGCGUACUUAGAGAUGUUGACUCAAGCAGAUGACAUGUGGGCGGAGAUGGAGGGAGGGUACAAGAAGAAGAUUGAGGAGUCGCAAGCUGUGGAGGCGCAGUUGAAGGGACAGGUCAAGUGUUUGGAGAGCGAACGCGACAAAUGGAAAAAAUGUUUAGAACCACUGAAACAAAAGAUCAAACAAAUAGAAGAAUCGGAAUCUGGUAUGAGGGUGGCCUUGGAGAAAGCUGAAAGAGAUAAAAAGACCCUCAUAGAGAAGAAUUCAAAUUUGACAACUAUGUUUUCCAAAGCCGAUGCUGAUGCUAAGAAAGCUGAGGCUGCUUUUCAAACUGUAGAUAAAAGAUUUAAGCAAGAAGUGGAACAGCUUCGUAGAACCAACAGGCAGUUGGAAGAUGAUUUCAAAUGUCACAAGGAAAGCGCUAAGAAAACUGAAGUUCAAUUCUUAGGUGAUUUAGAAACAAUCAGAAAAGAACUGACACGUUGCAGCAAGAACAACCAAGAGUUAGAAGUUACUAACGGCGAGUUGAAGGAAGAGGUUGAAUCUCUGGAAAAGCAGCUAGCACUAACCCAAAAAGCAUUGACCCAAUGCAAGAGGAAAUGCGACGAGAAAAUAAAGACUUUAAGUCACGAAUUGUCCAUAAAAACUGAAGAAUUGGAAGAGUUGAGAAGCGAGACGAUGAGACAAACUUAUCAUGCGUCUCGUGUGGAAUUGAAACCAGAAAGAACAGAAUACGUUGAUGAAGGAUAUUCAAUAUACACGGCUGUACCUAAAAAAGUAGAUUACGGCAGAAUGCAUCAUAGCAUGAGUUACAUAACGUCUGAUGCGCGAUGUUCUUGCCCUUCGAUGAGGAGUCAACUAGUCAGUCAACUUAUUGAGGAUUUGUUCGAGAGGAUACACAAUACGGUGGAUGAUGAUUUAACGAGAUUGUGCAAGGAAAUCACUCCGGCGAAAGGAAGGGAAGUGAAUGGUGAAGCCAAAGCGAAAAUUACUAAUUACCUUUUGAUGGCGAUAUCUAAGGAGCUAGUUAGGUCCAUUGGGGAUGCGGACGCUAAGACUGAUACAGAGGAAUGGCAACGCGCGGUCUCGUCAAUGACAUACAAGGGCGGUGUUGCCAGCAGAGGAGAGUUCGCCUCGCUGAGCGGGAACGCGGGCGUGCUGCACGGCGCCGCGCGGCUGGCGUCCGUGAGCUGCGCGUGCGCCGCCGCCAGGCUCUGCGCCGCGUUGCCGGACCUGGCCGAUAGCGUUAAAUUGUGUCAGGAGGAAGUCUUGGAUCAUGGCGACGUUAAGAUUAUGGAGGAACAGUUAGCAAACGCCAUUGAAAGUAUUGUUAAUUGUCCAUCUUGUGCGUUGGGUACAAAUGCGAUAGUUUGGAGCACGGACGUCUAGAGCCUCACGUGCGAAUUUAUAUUUAUACCUCCACCGACCUCACUCUGGUGCCUUCAUUAGUUAAGCAAAUAUUUUUACGAAUGUAAAUAAUUUGUAUAAUAAUAAUACUCUUAUUGUAAUCAUAAGCGAACGCAUAUCGAACAAUCGUAUCUACAUCUCGAAAAUUAAAUUUAUCGAUAUAUCGAAUUUAAACGUGUUUUUUUUUCAUCGUUAUAUUACUCGUCAUAACCGUGCCAAUAGAUUUUGUAAAUUGUAUUUUUAUUGUUGUACAUAGCAAUUUCGAGUUUUAUUUUGACGAAACAAUGUAACAUUUCUAACAUUCGCUCACACAAUUGUAACUUUCUUAUUGAAUCGUUUUAUUUACGAACAAAAUGAAUUUCUUUGAUUAAAAGUAACUAUUGAUUUA